CGUGGGUGACAGUUGCGUCCGCCAUAUUGACCACAGAAAAAUAUUUCCCAUCAUUCCGUUCGCGCCAUUAAUAAAACAAAUUUUAAUAAUCUUUGAACAUUAAAUUGGAUUGGUUUAAUUGUUAGUGGAGUGUUAAUUUCGUUUUAUAUUCUUCCAUAUCGAGUUUAACACAUUUUUGUUCACAUGGCAUUGAUAAAGACAUCGAUUAUUAUGACAUAGGCUCAAUAGAUUAUGUUACAAUUUAUUUAUGACGAUAAUUAGCCGUCUCUGAAUUUACGUGAUUGUUGUUUGACAAAAACCUGUGUUAUUUUGAGGACUUUCUAGAAAGUUUAUUCGUACCCGCAUCAUGUGAUAAUGUUAUCAGAAACAAGCUCUUGUUCGCGCCAUUUAUUCGCGUAUUGUAAUUUGAAAAUUGGUUACAAAUUGACUAUAGUUAGUUUUGUCGGGGAGUUGGCGAGUGAAACAUUUCAAAUGUUGAUUAGAAGUGAAAAUGUUCGAUAUAAGUUAUGGCGCUGAAGAAUCUUCAACUGUUUCAUCCUGUGAGAUCAGAGAUGGGCUAUCAACAAAGACAGGCGACUCCCAUGAGAGCUCCUCCAACAUCUUUAUCCCGAAAUAUAUCCAGGUCUGCUGAAACACUCGCCGGUACUACCAAAUCCAAAGAGCCAAAAACGCGGAAGGCUCGUAGCACUGAACAACCAGGCGGUGGAAUGGCGAAAGGCCGCAGUGUUCUUGGACUGCCAAACCUCACCAAGGGUUGGGGUCGUGAUGACGACAGUUUACGAAGCCGAUCCAGGAACGGCAGCGGCAGCAGUAGAGCUGGCAGCCUGGACAGAAGUACGCGUGGCUCCAGCACUACACUCAAUGCUGAUGAAGACAACAUCAACGUAGUAGUCAGGGUGCGACCAAUCAGUGAGAAGGAGCGUUCAUGUGGUGAGCGGACGCUGCUGGAGUUCCCCGGCAAGGGGCAGGUGGUCUGCCAUAAUACUACACCCAGUCAAAAGGCGAAAGUUUUCUCUUAUAAUGUUGUCUUCGAACCUGAGGCGACACAGGAAGACAUUCUAGAAUAUUCUGGAGUUAAAAGACUGUUGGAGAUGGCAGUGGAAGGGUUCUCAUGCACCGCCUUCUGCUACGGACAGACGGGUAGUGGGAAGACACACACACUGACUGGACCUCCAGGAUUGGUUGAGAGCGGGGCGAGUCCAUUUGCUCCAGGACAUGGCCUGGUGGUCCGCUCCUUCGUCCACCUGUUCCGACUUAUCUCCGAAAGACCUGAGUCACACUUCAUACUCAAGGCAUCCUUCUUAGAAAUAUAUAAUGAAAAGGUAAUAGAUCUCCUAAACCCAGGCAGUGCUCGGAAACCACUACAGGUGCGGUGGUCUAAAGAAAGUAGGGGAUUUUAUGUAGAAAAUCUAUUUACGGUGGACUGUGAAACUCUUGAUGACUUGUUUGCUGUUCUAGAAGAAGGCAUGCGCAACCGUGCAGUGGGCGCGCACGCGAUGAACGCGCACUCGUCGCGGUCGCACACGGUGCUGUGCGUGCGCGUGCGCCGCGACCUGCGCGAGGACGCCGGCGUCGUCUGCUCCACGCACGGGAAGAUCAACUUCGUCGACCUCGCCGGCAGCGAGAUGACCAAACGGACUCAUAGCACGGGGAAGACUUUGGAAGAAGCGAAUAAUAUCAACAGGAGUCUUAUGGUGCUUGGUUAUUGUAUAGCACAGCUAAGUGACGGCAAGAAACGAGGACACAUCCCGUACCGGGACAGUAAGCUCACCAAACUACUAGCAGACAGUCUCGCAGGGAAUGGAGUCACACUCAUGAUCGCCUGUAUAGCUCCAACGAGAUCGAACUUGAGUGAGACAAUAAACACUCUCCGAUAUGCUGCGCGCGCUAAGAAGAUCAAAUCAAAACCUAUCGUCAAAAUGGAUGCGAGAGACGCUCUCAUUUUGAGUUUGAAGAGGGAGGUGGAAGCUCUACAAGCUGAGAACCAACAUCUGAGGACUGCACUGCACGUGCAGACAGACUACAACUUAGAUUCUUAUAGUCAGCGCAGAACUCCAACUCAGAUAGAACCAAAUAAACUGUACCAGCUUCCACAAUCAGAGCUGGUAGAAUUAGUGCAACUUCAUAUGGAAGAAAAUACGGCCCUAAGAGCUGAGAACAGCGAACUGUUCGGAGUAAGAGACUCCUUGCUGAGAGACCAGGAACUGCUCAGCAGAGAGAACGAGAGGCUCCUGAAGAAAUUAGAGGAUGUUAACUCUGUAUGCGUUCGGUCACCUAUCAUACCGGCGCGACCAACAUACUCUGGUUCCAACGACACGGAAGCAAACAUUUGGACCAACCCCGUCAGUUCAGCUGCAAGUAUAGUCAGUGGAGGAAGUUAGAAGUAAAACAAAGAAAAGGGUACAGGACUAUAUUAUUAUAGUAUUUUCUUGGUAGCCCUUCCUGUGAGAGAUUGACUUAAAGUUAGUUUGGACACAGAUUUGAGUAAUGAGUAUUACAGUUUUUUGCUGAUCAGAAGAUGCUAAUGUGGUCUGUUUGUCCAUUACAAAACACUAGUUUCUAACUAUUGGACAUUGACAGUUGAAGCGAAUGGACAUAGCAAACAGAUCUCACGCUACAUUAAUGCCAUCAGCAAAAAUGCCAGAAACCCUCACAAACAUUGUGGUUAUCGUACUUAAAAUGUAUAAAUUGUAUAGGUAGACAAUAUGAGGGUUUGGAAAGAUAUUAUUUUGGUAUACAAUUAGUUGUAGACAUAGUAAAAUGGGUGAUAGAAAAUUACCAUAGAACAAUGCAAAUAGAGCAUGGUAAUUUGAUACAAGUACCAAGUUUGUAUUAAAACUUUCGUGGGACAUACUAAUUAAUUAUUAUGUUUCCGUCUUACUCACGUAACUGUUUGACGAGGAACAAGACUAGUGUCAAGCCAUGCUAGAGGCUCAUAUUGUCACGCAGCUACUGGCCACUCGAGUCUGCUCUGCUCUCAUAAUAAUUAAUUAAUUACCAUAUUUUGUUACAUUUUUCUUUCAUCUCAUUAAGCUUGUAUGUAAUACAUUGCAUUUCCAUGUAAAUAGAUAUUGGGUAGAAGUUAAACAUAAUAGAAAGAAAUAAACAUUAUGAGAGUGAAUGUGUUUUAUUUAUUAGUUUCUAUUUCUCUAUCUUAUUCCAUGUCUAUGUAUUUAGUUCACUUAUAAAUGGUGUAGGUUUUACAGACAUUUUGGUACACCAUUCUAUAUUGUUAUUUUUUGUAGUAUAAAUUUUUAGCAUAUUCAAAAACUGAAUGAAGACUGAAUACCAUCACAGAUAACUGUUGAAAUUAUUAUUUCAACCAUUUUUCUUUUUAAAAAAAAAAAACAAAAAGAAUCUUUGCCCCACUAGGAUUUUCU